AUGACAGGAAGAGACACUGUGUUUGGUGUCUUUUUUUAUGCAGAUGAUCAAAUUGAUGUUGACGAAGUUAAAGAGCAUUUCGGAAAAUACGGGAAAAUUGCCUUUGUUACACAGAUCCAGAAAAAAGUUUUUGUUAAUUUCAGGACAAGAGAAGAGGCAGAAAAUUGCCUGGCUGAUUAUCCUGACCCUAGGUUUGGAAAACUAAAGCGUGGAAAAUUUGGAUCAGGUGAAACACAGAAUUCUAAAGAAAUGAGUAAUGAAACAGGUUAUAAAAGAAAUGGGACCUUUUCAUAUUCAAAGAAGGUUGACAGAAAUGAAAAUAAAAUGAAUUCUCGAAGAUCUGAAUCUGAAUCAGACGAAGCAUCAGUGAAGAGUAUUUGCAGAUACUCGCUGAAUGGUGAUAUGUACUCAUCAUCAACAAAUUUACAUUCAGUAUCACGACUACGAGCAUCAGAGAGAAAAUCUAUGCCUUAUGAAUCCAAGCGUAGCAGUUCAAAUUUAGAUGGUUUACCGCCUUUAUUAUCAGUUAAUGGACCACCGCAUUUACAGUCAGUUGAUAAUGGCCCACCUCCAUUGCUGUCUGUUGAUAGUGGCCCACCACCAUUAAUAUAUGCUCUUGAAAUAAAUAAUCCUUCGACUCCAAGAUCAUCUCUUAUUGGCUCCAACCAGCGUCCACCAUUGCUUCCCACACCACCAAUUUAUAUGCAUCGUAAUUUUAACUCAGAACUUACAGAUACUCCAUCUUCACAUCAUAAUUCCAAUCUAGUAGUACAAAAUACAUCUGAUAUUCCACCACCUCUAGUAUCAGUCUAUUCACAUCCUAUGAAACAAAGGCAGGAGUGCUCUCGAUCAUGUCUUACUUAUGAAGAUUAUGUUAAAAAGUACGGAAAUUAUAUUUUGAUUAUCAACCUACCAGAAGAUACAAGUACAGAAGAAAUAGAAAAAGUUUUGUAUCCUCACAUACCAGUUAGUGUAUCUGCACCAGAAGUGACUAACAUUAGAAUGAGAAUAUUGUUUUGUCUUGUUACUUUCAACACCAAAUUAGAUGCAACUAAAGCUGCCAAACAGUUAGAUGGAGUAGAAUACCUAGGCCAAUGCUUGAGAAUGGUCAGACUUGAUGAAUUAAUUUUAUUCAAUGAUGUGCCGUUUUAA